ACACACACUACAUAUAUAGAGAGAGAAAAUCACAGAGCAAAUGACGAUCAGCGCAGCUGACGGAGAUGAAAAUUGUGAGGCGGAAGCACCGCUGCUCGACGACGUCGUGCCGCGCUCCAUCGACUCCAACGGCCGGCGUUCAGUCCGAUCCAAAUCUGGUUGCUGGAGAUCCGCCUCUUUCCUCAUAGUUGUUGGAGUUUCGGAGAGGUUUGCUUACUACGGAAUAAGUUUGAAUCUGGUGAGCUAUCUGACCGGAAAUUUGGGGCUUCCGACCGCCACCGCGGCCGCGAUUCUCAACGCAUGGUACGGAACGUCGGCGAUUUUGCCGAUUCUCGGCGCUUAUGUGGCGGAUGCGUUUUCCGGCCGGUUUCGGAUGAUUUCCGCCGCUUGUGUGCUCUAUAUAGCGGCGCUUGGUUGCUUGACACUAUCAGCUUCACUCAACUCAUCCGAAUGCAAGCAAUCUUCACCAACCAGCCGCGCGUGCUCUUCGAACCAGCUCGAGCUUGUCUUCUUCUUCGUCUCGUUCUUCUCAGUGGCUUUCGCGCAGGCAGGUUACCUGCCCUGCGUGCAAGCUUUCGCGGUUGAUCAGUUCGACGAGGAAGACGAGAAUGAGAACAGAGCAAAGGGCUCAUUUUUCAAUUGGUGGAACUGUUUCAGCACUGCAGGGAUUCUGGCGCCUCUCUUGGUUUUGGCCUAUAUUCAAGAUAAUCUGAGUUGGGAGCUUGGAUUUGGAAUCCCUGCUGUCACCAUGUGUUUCUCUCUGGUUGUGUUCUUGUCCGGGAUUAGAACCUAUCGGUUUCGCAAGACUGGGGAAGGAGGUAGUAACCCGUUCGUGCGUAUCUAUCGUGUUUUUGCACGAGCAGCUAAGAAUCGCCGCAUUGCCCGUGUAACUAAGGAGGAGACCAAUAAUAUAUCAGACUACGGUGCUCACAUCGGGUUUCUUGACAAAGCAUUGCUCGAACCCGAUGGUUUAACCACUGGAGACGUCGAAGAUGCAAAAUCGAUCCUCAAACUUGCUCCGAUAUGGUGCUCGUGCCUCGGCUACACGAUCAUCUACGCGCAGCCAUCAACUCUCUUCACCAAGCAAGCCGCCACCCUCGACCGCCACAUCACCUCCGCCUUCCAAAUCCCGGCCGCCUCUCUCCAACACUGCUUCAUCGGCAGCUCCAUCAUCAUCUCCCUCCCAAUCUACGACCGCGUCCUCGUCCCCAUCGCCAAAUCCAUAACCAAAUGCCCCUCGGGCAUCUCGACCCUCCAGAGGGUCGGGACAGGGCUCGUCCUCUCUCUCGUCUCCAUAGUCUUCGCAGCCGCUGUUGAGAGGAGGCGCCUUGAAAUUGCCCGAGACCACGGCCUUGUUGACAAGCCAGAGGCCGUGGUCCCGAUGAGCGUGUGGUGGCUGGCGCCGCAGUAUGUGUUAUCAGGGUUGGCGGAUGCCUUUGCAAUGGUUGGUCUUCAAGAGUUUUUCUACGAUCAAGUUCCUUUAGAUCUUCGAAGUGUUGGUCUUGCUAUCUACAUUAGCAUACUUGGCACGGGCAACCUUGUAAGUAGCUUCCUCGUGUCUACGAUACAGAGUGUCACUGCCGGAAACGACCGAGAGGGGUGGUUUUCCGACAACCUUAACCGGGCCCACCUCGAUUACUUCUACUGGCUGCUGGCAGGGCUCAGCCUGGCUGGAUUCGUCGCGUUUCCAAACGACGUCGUUCCCGGCUACGUCGACUUCAAGGGCCGCCCUUCCAUCCGCUCCAAAUCCGGUUUCUGGAAAUCAGCUUUUUUCAACGCCGGUUUUGAAAUGGCGGAGAGGUUUUGUUACUAUGGAAUCAGCUCGAAUUUGGUGAAUUACUUAACCGGCGAACUAGGCCAAUCCACGGCCGCCGCCGCCGCAAACUUGAAUGCGUGGUACGGCACGGCGGCCCUCUCGCCUAUCCUCGGUGCGCUUAUCGCAGACACGCUUUUGGGCCGCUUCCGAACCAUUGUCUUCUCGUCUCUCUUGUAUAUAUUGGGACUUGGCUUCUUGACUCUAUCUUCUUUACUCAAUUCAAUGGGCUCCACAAGCUGCAAAAGUGAUGGAAACAGCAGCAACACAUUAUGUUAUCCAUCUCAGAUUCAGACAAUUUUCUUCUUCUUUUCUUUGUAUUUGGUUGCAUUUGCUCAAGGUGGGCUCAAGCCCUCCCUGCAAGCAUUUGGUGCGGACCAGUUCGACGUUGCGGAUGAUAACGAAAACGCAGCGAAAAGCUCCUUCUUCAACUGGUGGCUCUGGUCCUCGUGUCUAGGCAUCGUCCUCGCCCUCGCUGUGGUUAAUUACGUAGAAGAGAAUCUAAGUUGGGUGGUCGGAUUCGGAAUCCCUUCCAUCGUUAUGCUCGUCUCCUUGAUUCUCUUCUGCAUCGGGUCACUGGUUUACCGGUUCAGUACUGAGAGCAAGAGGAACAAGGGAAGGCAUCCGUUUGUCAGAAUGUUUCGUGUUAUUAUGAAAAAACGCGAAACUUCUGGUCUUGAGUCUUUGGACAAGGCACUGCUUCCACUGUCAGACACGCCCUCGGCUGAGUCUGACAAUGUGGAAGGUGCCAGGGAAGCAAAAGCAAUGCUAAGGCUUGUCCCGAUUUGGUGCACAAGCCUGGGCUACUCCGUCGUGUACGCACAACCUUCCACUCUGUUCACGAAGCAAGCCGUCACGAUGGACCGUCGCAUCGGCCCGACUUUCGAAAUCCCUGCGGCCUCGUUUCAGAUCUGCAUCUCUCUAUCAGUCGUGGUCUUUAUCACGAUCUACGACUGCGUGUUCGUCCCCAUUGCCAGGUCCAUAACCAAGAAGAGCUCGGGCAUAACAGUGUUCCAGAGGAUCGGGGUCGGGCUGGUCCUGUCCCUCCUGUCCAUAGUGAUCGCGGCCGUCGUUGAGGCCAGGCGCCUCAAGGCUGCCCGCGAGCACGGCCUGGUUGACCAGCCCGACGCCGUGAUCCCGAUGAGCGUGUGGUGGUUGGCCCCACAGUACACGCUCUCCGGGAUCUCAGACGUUUUUGGCAUGGUUGGCCUGCAGGAAUUUUUCUAUGACCAAGUCCCGAGUGAGCUCAAGAGCACAGGGCUCGCCCUGUACCUGAGCAUACUCGGGGUGGGCAGCCUUGCUAGUAGCUUGUUGGUAUCCGUGAUCCAAAAAGUGACAAGCGGAGGCGGUGGGGCCGGAUGGUUUUCCGACAACUUGAACCGGGCGCAUCUCGACUACUUCUAUUGGCUGCUGGCCGGGAUUAGUGCACUCUCCCUUGUUGGUUAUGUUUACUCGGCUAAGUACUAUGUUUAUAGUGGAAGAGCCGCUCACUAACCAGCCUUUUUGUCAUGUUUAUAUUAAGUUAUUUAAAAUGUUAAUGAAUGUUUGCCUAAUUUAUUUUUUCAAUUAUUGUUUGCAAUGAAAAAAGGAUCUUGCUUAAA